AUGCACGAGGAUGGAGACGGAAGCAGCAAAUCUGGUUCCACGGCGGUGAUCAUGGGAACAGGCCACUAUGUGAGAUUCGACUCGUGCCUCUCCCGUCCGGAUGAUUCCCACAGUCGACGUCAAGGCAGCAGGCAGGCGUUAAGAGCUUGCGUUCGGCAAGACGGGCGGUUCGCGAAUCAAUCGAGCUGCCGGGAUAAUAUGGGAUUGGAUGGAUUCAGAGCUGUUAUUUGGUUGGUACCCAAUCCAACUCUCGGCAGUGCUGGAGGUACUACCUCUGGACUUGACCUCCGCACCACCACCAGUACCUUAUUAAGGCCCAAGCACGGGUGGAAAGAUGACGCUUGCGAGAAUCCCGACCCUACCCAGGCUUGGCCAUUACAUGCAUUUUCUCCCAAAGCAGCUAUCCCUAGUCUCCAGCCCUACCGGAGGCACUUACUUGCAGUUUGCUUCCACAGCUUCUCUUCUUCUUCUCCUUCUUCAUUCCUCGGACCCUUGUUUGGCUUACCAAUUCCAGCGUCUAUGUCUCCCGCCGCCAGCACCCAGCACCCAGAACCCAGAACCCAGAACCCAGAACCGAGCCGCUUGAAAUUCGCGACACUGCGCAUGGGGCCAUUUAUUGCGGUGGAUCGUCCGCGUGAGGAAAGUGCGCUAGUCCGCCCAAGGCAUAUUGAAAUCCCAAAGCAAUUUGAACUUACGAAGCUCCAUUGCAGUGACAGCCUCGCCUUGCCGGCAAUGUCAAAAGCGGAUGUGCGGCCAUGGCCCUCGCUGAACUCGGCAGAUUGCAAUGGGUUUCAGCUCGGCCUAAAGAGUACAUCAUACGAAGUACCGACAGUGAGGGCGGGCGUGGAACCCUGUAUUCCCGACAUAUCAACAAACUUCGAGUACAUACAAGUAUACCUUGGCUAUAGGGGUUCGUCCAAAGGCGGGUUAAAGGCUGUCAACCAACGUUUGGGUAUCAGGCCUUGCGAGGGUUCUCAGUUGAACUAG